GGACCUAAUGAUUUUACCAAUGACGGUAGUGCCGUCAUAGCGCGAACAAUUGAAGUUCGUAGCGAAAAACUGGCGAAAUCAAAUCAGGAAUUGGAACAUAUUUAUGAAAUCGAGCGUACUGUGGAAAUGAUUAUUAGUGGAGGUUAUGAAAAAAUUGCUCUUCAAUUUCCGGACGAGCUACUAGCUGAUUCAGCUGAAGUCACGAGAGUAUUGCGCGAUCGAACUCAGAAAAAGAUCUUUGUUCUGGCUGACACUUCUUAUGGCAGCUGUUGUGUUGACGAAGUUGCAGCUCAACACGCUAGUGCUGAAUGCAUUAUUCAUUACGGCCGUUCUUGUUUAAGCCCUACUUCUCGCUUGCCUGUCCUAUACGUGUUUGGUAAACACCCCAUAGAUAUUGAUCAUUGCUUAGAAGCAUUCGAUAGUUUGUUUGGUCAAGAUAACACUAUGAAUUUAAUUAUCAUGUAUGAUGUAGUAUAUUCUUAUUGUAUCGAUAAAUUCGUACAUAAAGUGCGAACAGACUUGAAAUACACAAAUGUUAUUCAAUCUUUAGUCAAGACGGAUUGUAAUAUAUCACAAGGACUAAAAGGUAAAUUUGAGGGAAGAAAGAUAACCAUGCCAAUUGUUGAUUUUCAUUAUUCAUUCCUUAACUAUUGGGUAGAUAUGAAUAGUCCUCUGCUCAACGGAAGAUAUUAUAAACUUUUUGAGGGAAUGAACAUUGAAUCCUACACAAUUUUUUAUAUUGGAGGAGAAAGUGCAACACUAGUAAACGUCUUAUUGACGUAUAAUAAGUGUAAGGUUUAUUCAUACGAUCCUGAAACGCGAAUAGGGCGCCAAGAGACAUUACCAAAAAAUCAAUCUUUAAUGAGACGCUUUUACAUGGUUCAAAAAGCUAAAGAUGCAGAUGUUAUUGGCAUAGUAGUGGGUACCUUAGGUGUAGCAAAUUAUUUGGAAAUAAUCUCACAUCUCAAAAAGCUAAUUAUUCGUGCGGGAAAAAAGCCUUAUACGUUCGUGAUGGGCAAACUCAAUGUAGCAAAGAUGGCAAAUUUUAUGGAAAUUGAUUGCUUCGUUCUCGUAUCUUGUCCAGAAAAUUGUUUGCUUGAUUCGAAGGAAUUCUAUCGUCCAAUUGUUACACCUUUUGAAUUAGAAAUUGCAUUGAAUCCGUCGAAACAAUGGACCGGAGAAUAUAUUACAGAUUUUCAGCAAUUACUAUCUGCCGACUUUCAGCCCGAAAGUGAGGAUGAACCUCAUUUUUCUUUGGUCACAGGCAAGUUCAAACAAAGUAGGAGAUACGCCCUCAAAGAUUCAUCACAAGACGAUGCCACAAAUAAUGUUACUGAUUUAACACUUCGUAAUCAACACACAUCAAUUUCUACGGUGCUGAAUAGCGCUGCUGGAGAAUAUCUAAAUUCUCGGACAUUUCGAGGAUUAGAACAAAAAAUCGGUGAGACCGCCGUACAGGCUGCUGAAGAAG